UCCAUGACAUUAAUGUGGUGUGUGAUGACAUGACCGGCUCACUGCAUGAGCGACACUCACUUCAUUCUCAGAAGCGCUGUCAAGUGUCCCUCCUGACUGACACGAAAAACUCGCCACCCACACACUCACCUCAGACAAAUGCACAGCGUGCACACACCAACUUCCUCCCUCCCUCCCUCCCUCCCACCUUUGGUCACCAACACGAAUUCAUCAGCCGGCUGCCUGUACACAUAUACUAUGCACCCACCCACCAAUCCAUCCAUCCCCAAGUAGGUAUACACGAAAGCAACACGCACGCAACAAAACACGUGUGUCCACGAAAACCAAUCUAUUCGCGACAGCUCAAUGCAGACCUCCAUCCACCGUCUAUUCCGCUAUCUGCAGACACACAGACACAGGCGCAUUGUGUGUCGGACGGUUGGCUGUGGAUUGUCUGUCUAUCUGUGUGUGUGUGUAUGACCUCGACUCUGACAGUGACGAUAGGCGGUGCGACGCCCGGGUGGUCACAAAACGACAUCGGGUCGAUCAUCGGCUUGUCCUUGAAAUACAACGACUGACUCAUCCACACACACACACACACAUACACAGAAAAUACAGCAGUGAGCCAGGUGAGCCCUCUCUCGCGUACAAUUUUGUUGUAGGGUAUCUCGAGUUUUUGUGAGAGCAUCAGCUUGACGUAGCCGACCUCCUUGCUCACAGGCAGCUGCAGCAAACCACGCCAGCCAACACACAUCCACCCUUUGCCUCCUGUUCGUGUCUGUGGUGCUGACAUACAUACCACCAUAUCGUCGGAUGAGCCGUCCGGCAGCUGUAGCUGAACCUAAGCGAAGGGAGAAAAGGCACAGCACAGAAGUGGUGCUGGCUGCCAUUCUGUCUGCCCGGUUUGUGUGUGCCUCACCGUGAUGUUGGCUCCGUGCAGAGCCUCUUCUUCCUGCUUCCGCAGCCUGAAGGACAAGACAGAACAGACAACAGAGCCGUUGACAAGGCAUUGUGGGUCUGUUCUGGGUCUGCAUGGCCUACUCUUCGUUCUUGGGUGGGAGAGCGAGACCUCCUGUGCCCUCUGACGCCAUUUCAGCGGCCCCGGUUGAUAGAUGGCACA